CGAAGUUUCAUUCUGCCUAGGAAAAGGGAAUGCCAAAUUUUAAGCAAACAACUGCACAACAGAGUAGCGGAAUGUCCUACCGGACUAACAACUGGUUGUUGGAGGACAGGAAAAAGAUGCGAUUGAUGCAUGAACAAAUCCUCACCGUGAACAACUGCAACACGCCCCGCGAACCGAUUGUUCAAGAGAUUCCUCCGGCGAAGAAGAUCAAAAAGGAACCUGAAGAACCCAAUCCUACCCAACCUGAACGAACCAUCAAAUGGACCUUCGUUAUACCGGCAUUAAUGGCGACGUCAACCCAACCCUCGAAUGGUAGCGCUGCGCCGCUGGAUCCGCUAAUAAAACGGCCCUUCCUGUAUAGCGGACUUUGGUCCGCGGUUGAGAGCAAUCCACAAACUGUGGAAAUCUACCAGCCGGAUAUUGGACCGAUGCACGGACGGCAUUUCCGAUAUGAGCGAAACCCGCGUGUUGGUCCGUAG